ACCGGAAAAGGAAUCGGAGCUUAGAGGAAGCGGAAACAGUAGGAAGGAGAGGACGGUGGAAAAGGCGUAUUUAUACUUAUUUCUUUUCCAUUAACACUGUUACAUCUCCUCAAGUAAAUUAAAAGUAGCUGUCAGAAUGCCUUUGCCCGUGCAAGUCUUUAACUUUCAGGGAUCUGUGGAACCCAUGCAGAUUGAUGCAGAUCCUCAAGAAGACCAGCAAAAUGCUCAAGAUAUCAACUAUAUUGUGGAGAACCCGACUCUGGAUCUGGAGCAACAUGCAACCAGCUACAGCGGGUUGAUGCGAAUCGAGAGGCUUCAGUUCAUAGCGGAGCACUGUCCCCAGCUCAGAGUGGAGGCGCUGAAAAUGGCGCUCACCUUUGUGCAGAGGACUUUCAACGUUGAUGCUUAUGAGGAAAUCCAUCGCAAACUGACAGAGGCCACACGGGAUCUGCAGGAUGUACCUGACACAGUGCCGGAUGGCGGAGCGGCUCCUCCUCCACUGGACUCGGCCUGGGCUGAAUCUACUAGGAAAAAAGCUUUGCUAAAACUGGAAAAGCUGGACACGGACCUGAAGAACUACAAAGGCAACUCCAUUAAAGAGAGCAUCAGGAGGGGCCACGAUGAUUUGGGAGAUCAUUAUCUGGACUGUGGGGACCUCAGCAAUGCUCUGAAAUGCUACUCCCGGGCCAGAGACUACUGCACCAGUGCUAAGCACGUAAUCAACAUGUGCCUGAAUGUCAUUAAGGUGAGUGUUUACCUGCAGAACUGGUCACAUGUACUGAGCUACGUGAACAAGGCGGAGUCCACCCCAGAAAUAGCAGAGCAAAGAGGAGAACGAGAUGGUCAGAACCAAGCUGUCCUCACCAAGUUAAAGUGUGCAGCAGGACUGGCUGAGUUGGCCUCACGCAAAUACAAACCGGCAGCCAAAUGCUUCCUCCAGGCUUCUUUUGACCACUGUGACUGUCCAGAGUUGCUGUCACCCAGUAAUGUUGCCGUGUACGGAGGCCUGUGCGCUUUGGCCACAUUUGACCGACAAGAACUCCAGAGGAACGUCAUCUCCAGCAGCUCGUUUAAGUUAUUCCUGGAGUUGGAACCUCAGAUCCGGGACAUCAUUUUCAAGUUCUAUGAAUCCAAAUAUGCUUCCUGUCUGAAGUUGCUGGAUGAGAUGAAGGAUAAUCUGCUGUUGGACAUGUACCUGGCCCCUCACAUCAAGACUCUUUACAGUCAGAUAAGAAACAGAGCUCUCAUUCAGUAUUUCAGCCCAUACGUGUCUGCAGACAUGACCAAGAUGGCUCAGGCCUUCAACACCACCGUCGCAGCUCUGGAAGACGAGCUCACCCAGCUCAUACUGGAGGGGCUCGUCAAUGCUCGAAUCGACUCUCAUAGCAAGAUCCUCUACGCGAGGGACGUGGACCAGAGGAGCACCACCUUUGAGAAAUCCCUCCACAUGGGCAAAGAGUUUCAGAGACGAGCCAAGGCCAUGAUCCUUCGAGCUGCUGUGCUGCGGAACCAAAUCCAUGUAAAGUCUCCCCCCCGAGAAGGGAGCCAGGGGGAGUUGACUCCAGCCAACAGCCAAACCCGGAUGAGCACCAACAUGUGAGGAGGACGCUGCCUUCAGAUGAGAAGAUCCCUUCAGCCACAUCACACUGCAGCUGUCUGAACCGAGCCGGCUCAGGAGUUUGAUGUUCACGGGUUAGAUUGUCAUGUGACGUGAUGUGGAGAUCAGACCCUUCAGAAUAAAAGCUGAGCAUGAGCUGCA